CUUAAUCUUGCAGGCCACUAUGUUCCACAACUUGUGGAGCAGGGUUUGUCUAUGAUCAACACAAGGACAUACAAAUAUACGUUAAUCAUCUCAAAGGUUUUAUGGAUUAUUAUUAUGAUUAUAGUGCCUUGCCAAGAUAUGCUCGGACCUGUUAUGUGAGACCAAACCAGCUCUACCUCAAAGCCAAACAAGUGUAGUCUUCAAAGUCUCCAUUAAUUUGCCUGAAUUUUGAUGAUUGCAACAAUUUCAUGAACAAAGUCUUUGAAGAAUUUACAAAGAUGGACAUUUUCAGAAAAAAGAGAAGCAUCAUCAACGAUUUCUCUUGGAUCCAUGGUAACUAGAUGGCUGGUUUUAGCAUGUUCCUUGAGAAUUGCGGCAUUGAUCUUGCUGAACUUUGGACCUUAUCCGUAGCUCUCCUUCUGGCUUUAGAACUUAACAUUAACAAUACCGGCCACCACCCUCAUGGGAUUAUCAUCAAGAAAAUCACUGGCACUACCAAGACCAGGAGGUGGAGCGCGGCAGCUUCACAGCUGAUUGGAUGGCUAAAAAUAGUCUUGAAAUCAUCAACUUGUGUUUGAAAUCCCUUCCAAGGGUAUUUUGGCUUAUCAUUCUUGUUGAUGCUGAUAGAAUUGCAUUCCUAGAAUUACUAAAUAAGUUAUACCCUUUUGAGUCUUGAAGCAUAUAUAUCAUAUAAGGCUUGGCACAUCAGCACUUUGUCAAUUUCAAAACAUUAAAAUUCAAAGAGUUCA